UAUAUCUGUAGGUUGAUAACUGUCGAAGCCACUGUCAAAGUCAGCUGUCAAACGUGCGAGAUGUCAAAGAGAUCGAUCAACGACCCGACGACGGAUGUCAGCUGAGAGAUGGACCACGUGAAGUGAAAUUUUUCUUCUAUCUUGUGUCAUAAACGUUAUUAACGACUCUGUUAACUCCAGUGUUUAUCUUCGGCCAAACUGCUUCUUAAAUAUAGGGCGUAUAGGCGUGUAAUAAUCUAUGAAUUUAGGCGUAUUCAACAGAGUUAAUCUCAAGGAUUCCCAAGGAGGGAUGUAUUCAGAAUGGGCCUCAUUGAGCACUCUGAUCCAACAAGGCUCGGAGGAAAGCCAGAGCGUACUGGAAAAAUUUCCCCCUGGUGCAGGCAAAGAGGUCGCACUAUCCAUAGUUCGCCAACUCGCUGCAAACCUGGGCAUCACCCAGGCAGGAGAGCCUAGUCCCCUCUCCACCGACAGGGAGGUGCAAUGGUGCAUGGAGGUGAUAUGUUUUGGUUUGUCGUUGCCGCUGGCCGAGCACGACACCGUCAGAGAUUGCGUGAACAUAUACUGCGAGUGGCUGUCUGCUCUAUACUCAACACCAAAGAUCUCUGUGCCCAGACCAAUUGUGGAUGACCCAAACUUCUAUGCCAGAAAGAUCAUAAGUCAUUUUCACAAUUUAUUUGUUCCAAGGAAAGGGGAAGUCUGGCCUUUUCUGUAUCAGGAUCUAGGUACAGACACUAUAAAUCGGCAAGCUGUCCUGUGUCAUCGAGUACUUAGAACUUUGCAGCAAAUUGCGAGAGGUCCUGCAACUCUGGAGAGAGAAACAUGGGAGAGCUUACUAUUAUUUCUCAUCGGUAUUAACGACGCACUAUUAGCACCACCAGCAACUAGAGAAGAUGCAGGAGAACAAUUGUGUGAGAGAGUGCUCGGUGUAUUGCUAGAGGUCUGGUUGGUCUCCUGUGAACGUAGCUUUCCUUCACCUCCGUUAUGGCGAACAUUACGAGAAUCUUGCCUGCGAUGGCGUCACAGAUUGGCUUUAGUAGAGCAGUGGAACCGCGUGUGUCUCGCUCUUACAGCGAGGCUGCUGCAUAUUAUGUACGGGCCAAUGUUUCCCGAAUUGAAAAUAAGUGACGAAGACACGCAGCUAGUACCACCCACUAUGUCAGAUGAAGCAGUGGCACAGGCAUGGUACAGAUUAUUGCGUACUAUCGGUGAUCCCGUAGACUUGUGUAGACCCGCUGUUGUCUCGCAGACGCAAGCGUUUCUGCAAUACGCUAUUGCCAGUCCUAAUGUUAUAGAUCCAUGCCAGCACCCAUGUUUGCAAAGCUUGCCGCAAAUAUUUCUGAAAGCGAUAAAAGGCAUAGCGGGUCAGGUCGAUGCUUUCCUUGGAGUUUCACAGGCAUGCUGUUGGGAGGAAUGUUGUGUAUCCAACGUUACAGGAAAUAGUGGCAUCAGCAGCGGGGGUGUUGGAUGGGACAGGUCGAGCGGCAGGGAUCAGCCUCAGCCUUCCCCCACACCCCCAACUCAACGCAGACUUGCCAAAAGUUUCAGUGUCACUCCUUCUGCAGUUACUAAGGGAAUUCCAAAAGCAUCAUUAAUUGGAUUGACGACAAGUCGUGUGUCUAGUACACCACCGAUGUUAAUAUCCAAUUCCGGACCAUCGUCUGCUUCAAGUACAGCAUCCAUGACUUCGUUAGGCCAGGAUAUUAGACCUCCUUUAGCUCCAGGACGACCCAAAUGUAACAGUAUACUGCAUCUCUUCGGGGAAUGGUUGUUCGAGGCUGCGUUUAUCGGUACCGAGGGUUGGUCGCAGAAUUUACCACAACCGUCGGGUGCUUCCAAACGUCCGUCUUCGGUACUCGUAGAUGGGCCGAGCUCAUUGCAGGAAACCGUGAGCGAUGUACCGUCGACGCUCUGUAUAGAUCGCUAUGAGUCCGGUAGAGCGGAGGCAUUGGGGGCCCUGUGCCGUAUUUUUUGCGCCAAGAAAACAGGCGAAGAGAUCUUACCCGUGUACCUAGCUAGAUUUUAUCAGGCGAUGUAUCACGGCCUCAAAGUCGACGAGUCUCGCGAAUGUGGUGAAACAUUGGCGAGUAUUCUGUUGAAUUCAGCUGAUCUGUUCCGCCUCGAUUUGAACGGUAUUCAAGUCUUAGUGCCAGCCGUUUUAUCCGCUCUGGAGGUGGUUCUACCGGAGAAAGAUUUAAAGCUGAAAUCUAAUAUAGUAUCAAAGCCGGACUUGAGAAGGGCCUCGAUACAUUUGCUAAUAUCGAUGUUAACACUGCCUCUGCAUUUUCAGAAUCUCGCUAUUAAGGAGCUUCCAGUAUUCCCAGGCACAAAUUUCUCCGAGAAAAGUCCCGUAACAUUUGUACAGUUAAAAUCAAGACUCAUGAAUUUACUCAUAAACGCUUUACAAGUGGAGACUGAUCCUCAAAAUACACACAUGCUGUUGGGAGCUUUGUUGCUGAGUGUACAAGAUUCUGCAGCAGCUGAAGAAGUAGAGCAAGUCACACAACCUGACACCGUAGCUAGUGAUUCGACAACCAAUUUGUUAUCUUCAGUCACCAGCGAUUCGGCCAGUCAAAUAAGUAUAUCCAGUGAUCAGCGAUCAAUUGGUGAUGCCUCUGACAUUGCAACUCUUCAAGAGGAAUGCAUUGCGUUCGAUUCGGCCCACGCUCUUUUUGUGCGAGCAACGUACUUGGUGUGUCAUCGUUUGAUUUCAUCGUGGAAGACCGACUUGAAUAUUUCUCUAGCAGCACUCGAGAUGCUGUCGGGAUUAGCACGUACACGCAUUCGCGAAACAGCAAGGAGACUCACAGAUGCUCUAGAAUGCAAGAGAGCAGUAAAAUGGUUGUGCGAUUAUAUUUCAUAUCAAUGUUGGCGACCACCCCCGGCGCACUCUAAGGACCUCCAUUCGUCUAUCGUUGCGGCAUUCAGUUGUCUGACAACUUGGCUGACCGCUCAUCCGCAAUUAUUACAGGACAAAGACUGCUUGACCACAGUAUUGGAAGUCGUUGAGCUUGGCGGUCAAAGAGACGCCGCUGAUGCUCUUCUUACUAUUCUGUUGGAACAGGUUGGCUAUUUUCCAAGCGCCUGCGGAGCACAAUCGCUCUCGUCAUUGUUGGAUGAGGUAUCUCUGCUUCGGCAUUGCAAUAGCUGGAUUGGCGGACGUGUAGCACGACAAGCGGCCGUCGAGAGAUUUCGUUACUUUGUAUCCGAAAACGCGAUUGUGUUAGCGCUGUUAGAGGAACCAUUGGGAAACGAUCAGGAUCCUCAGCCGACCGUGACAGUUUUAAUCCGCGGGCCAUUCGGUAGACACGCGUGGACGAUGCAGCUCCGUCAUUUACCGCGUCAUCGAUCCAGCAUCAGAAGUAUAAACAGCAAUCCCGGACGACCCCUGCCGUUGGCUGAAGCCGCACCGCGAACGGAUUAUAAACCAAGAUUCUUCCCAGAUAAUGUUGAUCGUAUUCCUCACUGUAAAGUGGAUGAAUCGAUACCAAGUCUCGAGGCAGUUAUGAGUGAUAAUGACGCGGUGAGAGACGAGCAUCAGAUCCUUGCGCAGCUCUUAGAACGUCAGAUAACGCUCGAGUCGAAGCAUGACAACGGUAACGUAAAAGCUGCAGAAGACAAAACCGAUGAAUGUGUACCACCUCAGGUUUGUCACGAAUUCCAAACGGCUCGUUUAUUCCUGAGCCAUUUUGGUUUCUUAAAUAUGGAGCCUAAGGAGAAUGACGAAUCCAGAAAUAGCGGGCUAAUCGCACUAGAUCCAACCAUCCCUGGAUUCUGUACGGAGUUGGAGACUCUAGACAAUAUUAGUCCGCGAACGUGCGACACUGUUCAUAUCUUUUAUAUAAAAGCAGGUCAAAAGUCUGCCUCUGAAAUAUUAUCAAACGUGCUGCAUGACGAGAAUGUGUCGCCAAAUUUCUUGGAAUUCUUAAACUCUCUCGGUUGGCCCGUUUGCGUAUCCGCUCACGCAGGUUGGACGGGUCAUGUAUCGACUUCAUGGAGAGUAACAGCGCAAGUGAACGUGCCACAGCCAGCUCACAGCAAUCACGGUGGAGCUCUUUACAACGGUGACACUCACGUGCUGUACUGGGCAGACGUGAGUUCGGAAAUUGCGUUUGUUGUGCCUACGCAAUCGUAUCUCAUGGCCAACUCGGAUUCGUUAGAGGAAAGUAGUUACAACAGCGAUAUUAGCACCAGUGGACAAGUGUGGUUUGAGCGGAGUAUCAGUGAAAGCACGGAUACUCGCAGCAGCGGAACAUCGCAAAACGCAACACAGAAUUCUAGAACGAUGUCGCUCGACCUGGAGAAACAGCCGUCGAGCUUACCGGGAGCAGGUCCGACGAAUUCUUCGAGUGCAGAUCCCAUCAGGCCCAGGAGAACAAUGAAGCAAGCCGUGCCAUCUCAAACUAAUACAAAGAUCAUGGUCGUGUGGUUGGAAAGUCUGGAGGAUCAUAUCCAGUUCCCGAUUGGCGAUCUGCUACCUUCCACUUACACCGGACUGGAACAAUCGAAGAUGCUGCAAGCAACCGAUGUGCACGUUAUCUUUCUUCAAGCUCUUGCUAACGGAUUGAUGCGAGUCAGAUUGCAGGGACCGGUUUCUAGAAUCAAUUUAGCAACGCCUUUAAUCGAUGGCAUGGUAGUGUCAAGAAGAGUCUUGGGGAAUCUGGUUAGACAAACGGCUCUUAAUAUGGGACGUAGAAAAAGGCUUGAUAACGAUAGUUAUCAUCCACCACAUGUACGAAGACGUCUAAAAAUUCAAGAGAUGGUACAAAAAUAUAAGAGAAAUUUAACUGAUCCAGAGUUAUUAACACUUUUAUUCAGUAGCACACAAACUUAUCAAGUCAAAUAGAAAAUUUUCAAGAAUGUUUAUCAACUUAAGUUCGGUAGCCUAAUUUCUUUGUUGCUAUAACAAAGAGA